UGUCAUGGAAUGCUGCUCAGUGUGCGCGUGUCUUGUUUGUUUUCGUUUGCCUAUCUAGUUUACAGUGAACAGUAAAACAAAGUUUGAAAAUUUAUAAAGAAAUUAAAUCAUAAGUGAUCAAGGGGCAUGUUGAGAUCCAGUUGAGCAGAUCAAUUUUGUUAAUUGUUAUAGACGCAGUUGCUAAGAAGAUGAAUAAGAAAAAUGGAUAUCAAUCUGACGAUGAUAACAUAAGAUACAAGCUUAAUACUCAAUACUUCAAUAAUAAUUUAAAAUCCCCUAACAAACAUAAAAAAGAGAAACAAAAAAUUAUUGAUGAUGAUGAAGUUCGCUACAAGUUUCCAACAGUACUAAAUAGGACAAAACCAGCUGAGAAUAAACCAAAACCCAAACAAAAAAUUAAAGUCAAUUUCUGGAGUAACAAACAAACCAGUAACCGAUUACACAAUGUGGAUCCAAAAAGCAAAACAAACAGACGACACACUGUGGGCGCACCAAACCUGGAUAAAAGUGAUAAAGUGGUCAAAGUACGUAAACGGGUGUCAUUUUUACCAUCACCAAUAUUUUCUGAAAACCAUAUACCAAUGGUAACUGUGCCAGAUGACUUAACCAUACAACUUAAUGAAGAAGAAGCCAAUGACUUAGGUGAAGAUUUAAACCAAGCAUUUGUCAACAAUGGGACUAAGGUUUCUAAGAGAAAGUCUUUAAAUUCAGAAAACCAAAUGAGUACAAAGCAUAAAAAGAAGCAAGAUUCAGAACCUCGAAUCCAGGGCAAUGAAACUGAAUUAGAAUUUUUCUCAAAGUAUGUUGUACAAAAACUAAGAAAAAUGGAAACCAAUCAGCGUAUUUAUUCAGAGAAUUUAAUAAACACUGUAUUAAUGUUGGGACAGCUUGGAAAACUGAAUGGAAAGUCAAAGUUAGCUGAAGUAUAAUUUGAUCAUAAUAUAUUUUAAGCAUAAGCUAUUUAAGCAUAAAAAGUAUAAAAUAAACAUAGUAUAUUAAGAGAAAGACUAACUUUUGAGAAAUCAUGUGCCUAUUGUACAAUUUGUAUGUAUUUAUAACUUAAAACAAAAAUAAGUAAGUUGCAUCACAAUUUUUUGCAGUUGAUACUACAUACAGUAUAAAACUAAUGAUCUAUAAACAGAUCUCAGUUGAGUUGGCAAUAUAUUUGUUACCGCUAUAUAGUUAAGUGUAAAUUAAAUAGUCUAUAUUUAUUAAGAUUACAAUGUAUAAAAGAGAUCUUAUGUACUAACAGUGAACAAUCUUAAAGCUUGGAGUGUUUAGAAUUUGAAUACACUUAACAUUGCGAAUCAUUUUAAUCUUUGCAAAUAAUGCUCUGCUAAUUUUGGGGGGAAAUAUUAUAACAUUUUUUAUUCUUCUAUUCUGUUAGGUGAAUUUUACUUUAUUUACACAUCAGGUAAUUAAUCUACUAUUAACUCUAAAAGUCUGAGACAAUCGUCAUGCUUAUAGUUUCUGUUCACUAAUUUAAUAAAAAAUACUAUUUUAUGGGACUAAUACUAAUAUCACAUUUAAUUACACAAACUGUAGUUUUGUCAAUGGCUCAAUUAUAUUGAAAUUACUAUUCUAUCACUUGAGAAUAUGUGUUGGCAACCUACUUUGGCGAUUCUGAUUACUUUUAGGGCUGAAACUUAUCAAAUUUAUUUUAACUAAUUACUGACAUACAACCACAAAUUGUACCAAUACUUGCAUCUAUUGUAAAAAAUUUACUCGCUUGUAUUAAAAAUAUUGCAACACUUGCAAAUAUUUGGUGAUGCAAUUUGACACACUGCACAAAUUUCAUAUAAAUAAAUAUCUUAACAUUAUCAUAAGAAAAACUUUGUAAUUUAAACUAGCAUAAUUUCUAGAUAAUUAAAUCAGUUCAAACUAUAUUGUUAUGAAAUAGAUUUGAUGUUUAUAUAUAUCACUUACGUUACAUGUUGACCAUAUUGUGCCUUAUGUCAUUAAAAAUCUUUUUCUUUAGCUGACGAAAUGAAAUGGGAUAUAAAUAGAGAAAAAAAUAUUAUACAGUAAAUGUGCCAAUUCAUUAUUAGAUUUGACAAAACCUUUCAAUCAUUUUCGUUUGAAGAAAUAUUAUCUUUUACAUAAUACAGUACAAAGGAAUUGAUAAAACGUUUUACAUUUACCCUAAAAUAGUGCAAUGUUACGAAAUGUGAAUAUUUUCAUAUUACAUAUUAUUAUGUGUGUGUUAUUAUGAAUAUCUUUGUUCAAUAUCAACUGUAAAAACGAAAUUAAGUAUACAUUUAUAAAUCGUGCAAUAAAAAUGAAAUAGGUGUAGGAUGGCGUAUUUUUAGUGGUUUGCGUUUUUUUUUAACAGAGAUUACAUACAUCACUAUUUUAUUUAUACUAUGGGAUCAUUUAACACUUAUAUUCAAGAGUAUAUUUUAAAAUUUUCAAAUAUAUUUCCCUCAAAAAGUAACGGACAUAUCAAGGGCAAUAAAAAAAAAAAUGUCGCCUAUUAAAUCAAUUUCGACAACUUACUGGUUAAUCGGCUAUUCCGGCAUUAUAUGCAGUCCUUCGUCAGCUUCAUAUGCAUCAUUUUCAACUUCAGCUUUUCGAGCUUCUUUACUGUCGCUAAAGGUGAGUCUUAUAUAACCUCUUUAUCUUCGCAGAGACCAGUACCGAUGUGCAUAUAAUUAAAAAAAAACAAAUUCAAACCUCGGCCAACCCCUAAGGGACGCAUGACAAAUACUAUUCGACGAUUUUUUUCAAAUCGAUUAUUAAUAAAAGGACAUGACGGGGUGUUUGUGAACCGCACUUAUAAGGGACAUCCAUCUUAAACCAGAGGCCACGUUUACCUGUUUAAAAUGUUUUUAUGGCCUGCUUGUAAUUUCGACGCAUAAUUAUUUGUGACAAAGCCGUUAAGACAGUGAAAAACUCUAUUUAAAAGAUUUUUUUAAUUACUAUAUUAAGGUGAUUUUACAUGAAAUGAUCUCUUACGAGAUCAACUACUCCGAGUUGAAGUAUCGUGCCCGUUCUUCGGAUACCCAGACAUUUCAUGUAUAAACGAAACUUAUUCGAUGAAGAUCGUUUUAAAACUUAUGCUUCGUCACGGGUCUCUAAUUCUUCUAGAAAUUUCUAUCAACGGUCUAUUGUUCUAAGAAAUAAAAGAACUACCUACUAACGUUCUUUUUCUUUCCAAUACAUUUUAAAUCGUUGAUGAACGAAGGACCGAAGAACGCUCGCUCAAACGUUUAUAAUUUUUAAACGUGGAAUUGAUUUGAAAAUUUCAGAAUAUAUUUUUGAAUAGUUCUCCAUCGAUUUAUAACAACAAAAAUUUAAGCUUCUACACCUAUUUCCAUCCUUAGAAAUCCAAUCAUAUUUGUCAGGUUUUAAAGAUGUUUUUUUCAUUCGCACAGCAUUUUUCGUAGUAGAUCUAAAUAACAUGACAUCAUGUGUUGACGAAAAUGUAAAAUAUAUUUUUGACUUAUUUUUUCAUUGCUCGUAAAUAUAAUACAUAAAAAUUGUCAUGAAGAUUGUACAUUUU